AAACGAAUGUCGUAUACAGUUUCUUUGUAGUGUUAGAAAAAAAAUUAAAUAUACUCGAAAACGAAAUAUAGCAAUAACUAAUUAUUGUGUGUAAUAUUAUUAUUGUCGUUUAACUAUCCGUAAAGCGGUCGCAACAUAAAAAUGCAUUUUUUCCAAAUCAACGAAAAGCUUCUAAUUAUGAAAAUGCAUUAUUUUUUUGGAUUGGCUGGUAAAUAUUAUUAUAUUUAUUUACGCUAUGCACAAUGCAACCCAAACGUAUCCCAUCCAUUGUUUGUUGGUUUCCAGACGUAUACCGUCGUAAAAUUUUUCACGAAUAUGUAAAUUCCCAAUUAACUCCGGUAUAUUCGACAGCAAAAAUGUGGGAUGCCAAUAAUUUACUUUGAAGUACUCGUCAAAUUAUUUUGUACCGUCGACGACCAUAUGAUUCUGCACGAUGUAACGCAGAACAACGGUAGGGUCAUAUCUUAAUUUUUGCGAUAGUAAGUUCUAUUGAAUCUAUAUUGAAAUUAUUAAAUGAUUGGGAAAUAAGAUUUUACGUAAUAUAGCCCAAAGAAAUUGUAUUUAAUUUGUUUGGGAAGUGAUUUAUUUGUGUUACGGGAACACCGUUUGGAAAUCGACUUCUUUGUAAAAUGGGAGCCGUUUCGUAAAAUUUAGCCAUUAUAUCGAUGGCAUCAGUAAAAACCUAAAAGUAGGUAUGGCGUAGUUUUGCAAAUUAUUUUGAAAUAACAUUAUUGAAUUGGUAAAAAAAAAAAAUUCGCGAGAAUAUUGAUUUUAUAAUAUUUUGUAAUUCUAAGUUUAGCGAAUAAUGUAUUGGUUUUACGAAUAUGUUUAUUUCUUUUAUUAUUUUUAUGUGAACAUUUUUUCUCAAAGCUGGGCAUGUUGUCGCCAACGUUUUACCAUUCUUAAAUAAACGCAAUAAUUACCGGCAUAUAACAAGACACAAUACAGAUAAAAUGCCAAAUUUAAUAAAUAAUUAUUUUGACAUGUUGUUGGUAAAGCCUAUAAUAUAGAAAACUUAAAACUAAUCGUCUUAUAUUAUAAAAUAAGUAAUAAAAUGAUAAAUAUAUGUAUACCGUCAUGUGCCAACCUUCGUAAUUUAAAUGUAUUACUUAUUCAAUAUUUUUUCUUGGUAUUUCGUUAAAUUUAUAUAAUGUAUAUUUCCCUUCAAUUUGUACAGACAUGGGUGGAUUAGCUUUGUACCUAGAGAUAUCCUUUAUAAUACUAUAAUAAAGAGUAAUGAUAAUAUAUUAUUGUAAUUUGUUUGUACUUGAUGUAAAUAAUUUUACAAGAAUUCUAUGUGAUCAUUAGUCAUUUUGAUCCAUGGUUCUGUUCGUUUUAUUUGUAUAACAUUGUUAUCAUUCAAGCCCAUGGAAAUACCACAGAAUAUUCUGUGAAAAUAUCACUAGUAUCGCUAGUAUCUGCGAGUAUCGCUAGAGACUAAUCACAAAACAACUGUGGUAUAAUUUCCAAUUAACUAUUUAUCUUUAUUUAUUUUUCUAGGUUUCUUUUAGUGUGUAUUUCUGUGCAACUUUAUUAUUUUAUUUAUUUAAGUUUGUUUAGAAUUAAAAUGCCAGAAAACCAUUUUAAAUGGCCUUAUUUAAACAUUUUUUUCGAGCAACAACUAUCAAAAUAAAAUAUAACUGAAAAGAAAUCAAAUUUUACAUUCAAAUGCAUGCUAUGCAUGCCAAAAAUAAAAUUAAUAUCAACCUCGAUAAGUUCAAAUUCAAAUUUAAAAACUCUUUAAAAUACUUUGAUUUAUCAUUUUAAAUUUCCCCAGGAAUUUUCUAGAGCAUAAAGAAAAACUAAAAUAAACCAUAUUAUGUGUCUGGAAUUUUUUAGUUUUGCUAAUUAGAAAAUUUUAUUUUUGAACUAAGUUACUUUUUUUUCAAAGUUAUCUUUUAACUUAACAAGUUAAAGAAUAAAUUUGAGCAACUUUUAACAUAAGUUAACUUAAUUAUUUUAAAAUAACUAAACUUAACGAGUUAAAAAAAAUCGUUAUCUUGCCAGCCUUGCAGUUUUUCUACCGGAAAGCCUAAUCCGAUGUAUGCGAUAUAGACCCUCUUCUGAAAUGAAAUAUUCUUGGGGUGAUACUUUAGGGAGGUCCCCGUAGUUUUCCCAGUAAAAGAGAAAAAGUGAGAAAAAACGUGAAAACUUAUGAAAUAUAUAAGUAAAAUACUAUGAUUUUUUUUUUCUGUGGACAACUUUUCUAUCAACAAUUUUGCUCCGAUUUACAAUAAUAGCAUUUUUUCUAAAAGGAAAUCUGAUUGGAGAGGUUUUUUAAACAAUUCAUUUUUCGAUUUUCCCAAUAGUUUUUCUAAAAAAUAUGAAAAACUGGGAAAUAACAUGGAAAUACCGAGUAGAAAAACAGGAAAAUCGCUACAACAUUAAACAAAUAUUAUUUAAGAAAAUAUAUAGUGCCUAUUUAAUUAUUUUACCACAAUAUGACUUAUAUACUGUUGAUAAAGCAUCACUAUCAACUGAACUCCGCUCAGAAUCGAUUUUAGCAAGCAAUGGCUUAUCGUUGCUUACAGAUACAAAUUAAUUUCCUCUCUAUAUCCUACCUUUCUAACUUCUUACCAACAACAGUCGCUCCACCCAUCGUGCGAAGUAUGUUCGUAUUUUUCUAUGUCGGUUUUUUUUUUAACUAAGGACGGCAUAAUUUUUUAAAGUCCUAAUCGUAUAAGUAUACAUAAUAAAAAGGAUAAGAAGAAGAUACACAAAUAAUAACAUUUAAUCUCUUGGUAGUGUUUUGAGCACGUUGAACGAGACAUAAUAUUAACUACCCAUACCCUCGCUCUAUAGUUUCAAAUUUUCAACAAUAAUUUUAAAAUGAUAAUCAAUAAAGUUAUUCGUUUUAAAGAAUAUUGACCAUUGUAGUUAUUAAUACACAAUAACGAUGAUAAUUUUUGGACUAUAUUUUAGAUUUUGAGUGGAACAAGGGAUCUAUGAAGUAUAUUUUUAUUUUUUCUGUCUGUAAACAACUUUUCUCACAACAUGACAAGAGACCUAUUUUGUCUCAUUUUGGCACUAAACAGUAUUUUAGAAAGGUAAUAUUUUGCAAUAAAAUUGUUAACUUCGAGAUUAUGACGAACAACUGGUUUUUUAGGUUAAAAAAAUAAAAAAAUAGAUUAAGAAUAAGGUUGUCGUUAGCAACCGUUUUUAUAUUUUAAUCUUUUUUUAAAAAAUCAUUGUCAUAAAAACGUAUAUUGUUUAAAAGGCAAUACGUACAAUUAAUCGAAUUCUACUUAGAAUCGCUUUCAAUAGAAAUGAUUAAACGUUGCGUAUUGGUAUAAAUUGAAUUCCCCUCUAUAUUAUUCCUUCCCAAUUUCCCAUCUACAACAGUAGCCGCACCCAUCCCCAGUGUCAGCUCUUACAACGGUGUUAACAUAUAAUGGAACUGUUUUCGAGUUUUAAACACGGAGACGUAAUAAAAUGAAUUUCGUUAACUUUUAUUAAAAUAUCAAAUAAAUAUACAGAGGUAUAACAAAAAAUAAAACUAAAAAUAGCCACUUCUGGCUUUUCUGGUACUUCGAAGAGUUUACAAUAACACAAUAUACAGGGAAUCGAUGUAAAUAACCUAUACAACACAACGUAUUAUUGCCUAUCUGCCACAACCUAGGUGUGUAAGUGGUUUGGGUGACGACUUACGUUGUGGUACGAGGCCACCAGGCGCGUCGCUCAUUUGCUAUAUACAGACCGGUGGUCUCGUUACAAACAGUUCCACUUCAUAACUUUGACUAAAAUUACUUACUUACUUACUUUCUUUCUUUAAAAAUCUAACUUUCGUAUAUUAAACUUCACCUAAAAUAUAUCUAAAAUCGUGGAUAUUAUACAUUAUUUUGUAUACAUAUUAACUACUAAAUUAUUUAUCGAAAUAUUAUAAAUCAGAGAUUCCUAAACUAUUUUUCCCGUAGCCACUUUCUAAUUUCUUCUAUUUUUCGUAAAUCCCCUGUUAUCAUUUGUAACCCAUAUUUACAUCUCGAGAUCAUGCACCUAGAUUUUUUUUUUCAAUACAAUGUCGAUGGAGGUCUAUAUAAGGGAGUUUUAAAAACCCCCAAUACCCUAAUUCUCGUCAAUCAUUAACUGUUAUACGUAAAUUGUUUGCUUCUUUUUUCUUAUUACCGUUAAAUUGUAUACUAUUUUAUAUUUAUAUUUUUGUGUCAUCCAGCGACAGCACCGAUCAUCCCGUUCCUGUCGACCAUAUCGAAACAACGCGGAUAUUCGCCGUUAAUUGUCGGGCUAAUAUUUACAGUAUCCUCGUUAGUGUCUCUGGUGAUGAGACCACUCGUCGGAUUCAUCACCGACAAGUACAAAUGUUACAAGUUGGCACUAAUGGCGAGCAUAUUGACGAACUUCGCAAUUGUGUGUGCCUUGCUGCAAAUGCCCGACUCGGCAGUCCGAGAUGAAAUCAACGAUGCGUACCUGUUCCGAUCGCCGCUGUUUUUGAUGUACUUCGUCAUGAUCGUACUGUUUUUUACGUCAGUAGGGGUAAAAACCGUGACGGAAGAUACAAUUUGCAUGAAUCUAUUAGGUAUAAAUCUAAUGGUCCUCCACACGAACCGGUUCAGUGGGUCCCAUUAUAUUUUUGAAGAAAUAAACAAUAAUAAUAAUAAUAAUAAACGAUUCGACAAUUAUUAUAUUAUUAUAUUAUAAUAGAUAAUUAUCUAUUUACAAAUUGUAUAAUGAUACAUGAUAUAUUAUACUAGCAUACACGAUGAAUUACUUAGUCUACAGCCCCAUUUUUUUGGUUAAAUUUUGCAUAUAUUCAAAUUCUGAUUUUUGUAAUUUUUAAGUGUAAUUGAAGACGAUAUUUUCGAAUAUUUAGAUUUUUCGCAGCAUUUAAGAAUUAUCAUAUUUUAUUAUCAAUGAGUAAUAUUUGGUUGUUUAAAAGAGAAAAUAUAUUUUUUAAUGCAAAUUUGAUAAUUUUUUUGAAAAAAUUUAACUCACUGUAAUCGAAAUUUGAAAAAAAAAUUUCUGAGUUAUUGUACAAUAAAAUUCUAAGAAAACAGUCUUAAAAUCAUCAUUUGUGUAGGAUAGCAUGGCGAGCAGCUUUUUCAUAGUGUUCCACUACUCUCUUCUGUGUAAUUAGGGCCCUAUCACAUAACAGCAAAAUGUUUUGGAACUAAUACUCCAUCAAUUUCUAGAAUUUUUAUUAUAGGUUCUCGUUUGAAAAACGAAAUUUUCGUAAGUUCCUGAUUGAAAAUCAAAAGUAUGUAUUUAUUUAAGGUAUUUGGAGUAGAGAUAAAAAAUUAAAAAUUAUUUAAAAAUAAAGUUAAAUGAUUCCAUAAUAAUUUGAAAAAACAGAAAUCAAAUUCACUUAAAAUGCUCUGAGAUAAUUACUGGUUCAUGAUAAAUAAACCACUCUAUAUAAAUGUGAAAAUAAGUAUUUUUGUAACGAAUGAUCUCUGGAACAACUUAUUAAAUCGCUGUGCGGUUUUUUUUUUUUUUAAUAAUAGAGUACGCUAUGGGGCAGAUUUUAAGUCUAUUUUCGUAUUUGCAGUUUGAACCAUUGUUUUGUGAGAAACAGAUAGUAAAAAAUACAGAGAAAAGAAGAAAAACUUAUGUACGGCUUUUGUAAAUUUAGAAAAAACUUAUGAUCAAGUGCUGAGAUAGGUCUUAACCUAUUCAAAAACCUAUUAUAAACCUACUUCAAGAUGUUGGUGUUCAUGAGAAAAGAAGUUUCGAGAUUGUAAUGAUUGUAAUGAUUGUUUAUAUUAGUUUAAACAACGAUAUGUUUGAAGGUUCAAAUACAAAUUUUAGAAGCAUAUGUCGAAUAACAGAAGAUUUUGGGGUUUGAGGAUGAAAAAGGGGUUAGUCUUGGGCCCUUACCUAUUUUUUGUUGUACCUAACACAUAAAGUAACAAAAAAAUUACAAGACAUAGUUAAAUAAAAUAAAAUUAAGAAGAAGAUAAUUAUAGGAAGAAAUAAUGGAGAGUAGCACUUGAAGUAAAUGGACUAAAGAUAAGAAGAAGUAAAACAGAGUAUCUAGAAUAUGAUUAUUUAAAAACAGGGCAAGAGGCCAAAAGGACAAGACAACUAAUGGCAAUAAUUGAUUAGGUGAUAAGCGAGGUUAAGAGUUUUAAGUACCUAGAUAUUUUUAUACAAAAACCGGUGUCUUUUUUGAGAAUGUGAAACAUAGGAUUAAGUGUGUUAGAAUGAAUUGAACAGAAGCAUUAGGUAUUUUAUGUGAUAGGAAGAUUCCAAUCAGACUCAAAACUAAAUUCUAAAAAAAUCUGGUGAGAUUGACUAUGUUAUAUAAUUUGGAAUGCUCGGUGGUAGAUAAAAAAAUAUAAUAGAGAAUGGGUGUAGUAGAGAUGAUGAAAAUAGUAAGGUGGAAUAGAAUGACGAGAAAAGAUAAAAUAAAAAGUAAGUAUAUAAAAAGAACUUGGGUGUGGCUUCAAUAGUGGACAAAAUAAGAGAAAAAGACGGAGAUAGUUUUGGCUUGUCAUGAGUUGAGAUAAAUCAGAAUUAGUAAGAAUUGUAUUGAAAAUAGACGUAAGAGGAAAGAGAGGAAGAGGUCGUUGGAUGUGAUUGAGAAUGAUAUGUAGACGACGGGUAUAUGAGUAUGCGAAAACAAAGUGGGGUAUCAAAUCAAGUAGAAAUUUAUGAUGGGGGUAGCCAUCCCUAAAUAUUUGUAAUAAAGGCGAAGGAGAAGAAAAAAAAGAUAAUGAGCUUUGGUUGUGAUUCGACGCAGGGUUCCUAAAAGCGUGGGACGCUGCGCAAGUAUAUGGCUUCCACCACUUUUAAGCGUUAUACAUAAUAUGUUCAAUGGAAGCAACACGUACUCUAAUUUAUAGUCGUACGUAAAAUGAAUUGUAAACUAUUAGGUAUAAAAUAUAAUAUUCGAUUUAAAUUCAUAUUUAAAGUUUGAUCAGGAAAUUAUAAUAUCGUUGACAUAUUUAUAAUCACCAAUGCCGACCAGUUAACGAAACAAUCGAAAAACUAGUCCUUUUAAUCGAAACGAAAUAUUGUCGAUUUUUGCCAAUUUUGACUAUCUUUCGUUUCCCAUCCAGGUAAAGACACACACAAGUACGGGAAACAACGUGUAUGGGGAGCAAUAGGAUGGGGUACCAGUUCCAUUGUAUCUGGUGCCUGCGUAGACUGGUACAGCAAGGGCCAAGAGCAAAAAAACUAUUUGCCAGGUUACCUCAUCUCGCUGCUAUGUUAUAUCAUUGAUUUAUAUGCUGUUUCGAAAAUCAAGGCAAGGACCUAGACUACAAUUAUUUUUUUAUUUUAGAUUCUGAAUACGGCGAAGAAUGUAUAAAAUCUAUGAAGUGUGUUUAUCCUAUCUUUUUCUGUCUAUUAACAAUUUGUCUAACAAAAAUAUCCAUAGUAAUUUUAGAAAAAACUGUAUGGGAAAAACGAACAAAUUUCCAGAAAUAAAUAUUUAAUUUUAUUCAAUUUUGUUCUUUGCCAGAAAUCUUGCUCUAAUCAUCAAUUUACGGGGGGAUUUCUAGUAUAAAUGUUUUAUCUUGUUAAUGGAUUGCUGAUUUGAUUUUUUAUUUUCCUUGUAGUCUUCUUAAUAUCUAAGAAAAACCGGUAAAUAAACAUAGGAAAAACGGGAGAGUUUAUGAAAAUAACUGUUUUGAAAAUUAUUUUCGAUUUUCAUUCUUUUUAAAAUUUAUAUUCUUGUACUAUUUUACGUAAUAUGUAGGUUGACCUAUUUUAGAUAUAAUACAAUUUUCAAAACAAAUCAGUCUAUUUUUGAGUUAUUUGUAAACAAUUUAUUGGUUUUAUUUGGUUUUGUAGAUAACAUUUUUUAGCCGCUCAGAAAUCAGUUCAGAUUCUAAUGCAUUAUAACGCGUCGAUCGACAUAAAUGAUAUAUUUUUAAAUAAGAAAUACAAUUAUAUAGCUAUAUAUUAUGUAUUUUUUGUUUUGUGUAUAGGUUGUUCAAAAGAACAAUGAUAAAAUAAUAGCAUCUAACGUCAAAAAACUAUUCACGUCUUUUAAAGUACCAAUAUUUCUCUUAUGGAUAGUCGUCUUUGGAGUAUUUAAUUCUUUCAUAUGGUACUUCACAUUUUGGUAAGGGCCUGGAAUUAAAUCUUGUCAAAAAAACGCUUAAUGGUCUUCGAAUUAAGAUAAAUCCCUAGCAUUAUAAUACAUUCAUAAUUGAGCCUAUGUAAAAUAGAAUAACGUGAUAUUAUUUUAAAUAAAACUAUUUGUUUCUCAUAUUCACAUAUAAUACGUAUCAGGUACAUGGAAGACUUAUCGAAUAUUUACCAUCCAGAGACGAAACCAUGGAUAAAGACAAUUCAAGGAUUUUCAUUGACGGUCCAGUGUUUUGGAGGCGAAAUUCCAUUUUUCUAUUUAUCGGGUGAGUAUAGUUUGGUGUGUAGGGUAUUGAAACCGGAGUAUAUAAUUUUGGUGUCCCAAGCUCAAAUUUCAAAGUUAGAUUUGUAUUAACACACUAUAACAAAUUAUAUGGCUUAACAAAAUGAAUAUUAAACUGUAUUUUGUUAAAAAUAAAACUCUUGUUUAUAGGAUUAAUUAUCAAACGAGUGGGUCACAUGAACGUUUUCUCUUUGAUGUUUUUCACGUUCGCCGUGAGAUUCUUCCUGUAUUCGAUCAUCAAAAAUCCGAUAUGGGUUCUCCCCGUUGAAUCUUGUAAUGGUAUCACGUUCGCAUUAGCAUACUCGGCAGCAAUUUCUUAUACGUGCCUGUUGAGUCCAGUCGGUUUCGAAGGAACACUCCAAGGCAUUGUCGGGACGUCCAUAAAUGGAAUAGGUUUGUAAUUUAUCGUUUAAAACAUAUACCUAAUUUUUUUUUUUUAAUCGUUGUUUUAUUGACUAAUGAAAUAUUAUUAUUAUUAUUACUAUCGAGUUAUCUAAACCCAUCACGAAUUAUCUACGUUUGAGUUUAUUCGUGUAAGAUAUUAUAGUGCAUUGAUAGUUGUACCAUAGCUGUGCAUCUGAGAUGAACGUUCUAUUGGACUAUAGUAUCAAAAAAUAAUAAUAGUGAUAUUUAAAUUUACUCAAUGCUCGGCGUUCAACAGUCAUUGAAAACUCGUAAUAUUUUAUUCUUCUAGGAUCGCCUAUCGGAAGCUUUGUCGGUGGAUAUUUGUUCAAUCGUUUUGGCAGCAUUUUUUCGUAUAAGAUUUUAAGUGGUGUCGCGUUAACAACGUGUGUAUCACAGAUCGUCAUCAAUCAGUUGACAAAUCGAUUGUCCAAACCAAAGCGUGUCGAAGAAUCACCUUGUACUACACCUAAAAUCGACGAACGUUUCAAUAAUAUUACCCAAAAAAAUGAUAUUUAAGAACUUGUUACAUUUCAUAUAAAUAUGAAAUAAAGAUGCCGUUAAAGGGAUAGGAUACAGACAUUUUCUUUCCCUCUCAUAGUGAAUUUAUGAUUUAGCAUAAUAAUUUAGAUUAUUUUCCGGCAAUCAGUAUGAUCGAUGUAAAGCGAUCGGAAAUCAACUAUUUUUUAUAUAUAUAUACCAUAUAUAGAUAUUAGGUAUACAUUUUUAAAAACUUUAAAAUCUUCAAAUGAUAUUUUUAAAUUUAAGGACUAAAAUUUGAAAACGUGACAUGACUAAUGAUUACGUACACACUUCACGUUGAAUUUAAAUUUCUUUACAGAAUUCUUAUCUCUUCACUACAUUGAUCAUCCGGAUUAUCAGAAUAUUUUUCAAAACCGGUGUGCUGCGUAUGUGUUAAACAAAGACAAUAAAUAUCAGUACCUAUCCAAUCCCCUGAAAUGUUAAAUGUUCUUCACGUGCAUUAAAACUGUCUUUUCAAUAUUAUGUUCACACUAUAUAAUAUAAGGUACCUACAAUAAUAAUAUUAAUUUUUUACGA